AGAUGAGAAAAGAAUAGAUAUGACAGAAGCGAAGCCGAAAAAACGGAAUGCCGUGCCUUGUUCCCAUUUGGAUCAGCGGUCAAGACUGAGCUAGCGAGGCAGCUCCACCAAAAUAGCUAAAAAGUAAAAGGAAACAAAAUAUAGAAUAGAAGAGAAUAGAAAGUUACAUUAGGAGAUUGCAGUGAAAUGAAGAAAAUAAUGAGGAAAGAUGAAUUACUUGGUUCAUCCCGUGAGGUGGAAUCUGGGGUUUUCCCGCCCGAACCCCCUGUGCAAUUCAUAUGAUAACAAUAAACACUGAAAUUGAACGUUAAUGUGAAGAGGCGAUGGAGAUGUCAUCACGAAUGAAUGAGGUGGAAGAUGUUUCUCCUGCAGAUGGCGUCCCUGAGCUGGCCAAAGAGUUGGAGCGUAUGGUGGAUAGAUACAGCAGCGGGAGGAGCAAUUUUGUUUGGGAGGAUGAGGAGGCAGAAGACGAGGACAUGUCCCUCUUGCAAUUCCUAGACAUGGUGGAUCGCAUCUCCGCUGCUUCGGCUUCCUUAUCAUCUUCUUCUUCUUCCUCCUCUUCUACUGUGAUUGCCUUCCAGGAGGAGUUGGACCUGAUCGCCUUCGUCCUAGAAAAAGCAAUGUCCCUACUAGAGAAACAUCUUUCUCAUCUUCUACACGACGACCCCAAAUCUAAACCACCCAACAAAUCCUUCUCCUUUAAUUCUCCCUCAUACCUUUCUUCUGUUCCCGAGUCUCCCUCCCCUAGACCACCACAGCAGGAUCACCACACCCAAGACCCCUUUGAUUUCUCUCCGCAAAAGAUUUCUACUUUGAACAAGAUCGCCACUGCCAUGAUCUCAGCCGGCUACCACAUCGAGUGCUACUUGGUUUUUGCUAGUUUCAGGCGAACUGCUUUCAGAACCACGCUCCAUACAUUUGGAUUCGGGAACACCAGGAUGGAAGAUUUGUGUAAAAUGUCAUGGGAAUCCCUUGAAGCUGAAAUUGCAACGUGGAAUCAAGUGGUUUGGCACUGCACCACCGUGCUUUUCAAGUCUGAAAGAAAACUUUAUAAAUCCAUCUUCCCCGAUCAUCCCUCCAUUUCUCAAAACUUGUUCUGCGAUCUUGCACGACAAGUCAUCGUCCAUUUGCUCAACUUUGCACAGUGUGCUGUUCUAACAAAAUGGACCACAGAGAAACUUUUCAAAUUUCUAGAUAUGUACGAGACCCUGAGGGAAGACGUUAUCGGAGGUUCCUAUCUGGAGUCGGGAGCUAAGGAGCUGGCGUAUGAGGCAGGCACCGCAAGGGACAUGAUAGUAGAGGCUAUUAUGGCCAUGUUUUGUGAUCUGAAGAACUCGAUCAAGAACGACAACGAAAGGAUUCCUGUUCCGAACGGUGCAGUGCACCCCUUGACUCGGUAUGUAAUGAACUAUCUAAAAUAUGCAUGCGAGUACAAGGAUACGUUGGAGGAAGUGUUUGAACAAGGAGAAAGGAUAAAUGAGAAGGAGGUGAACGAAGUGGAAGAUGUAGAGAAGCGGAAGAAUUCGGGUUUUGCAGUGCAGUUGAUGAGCAUAAUGGAUCUUUUGGAUGCAAAUGUGGAAAGGAAAUCACAGUUGUACAGGGACGAUGCUCUGAGGUAUUUUUUUCUGAUGAACAACGGGAGAUACGUAGUGCAGAAGGUGAAAGGGUGUGAGGAGCUUCACGAGCUGAUGGGUGACAACUGGUGCAGGAGGAGGCAGUCGGGUCUGAGGUUGUACCACAAGUGUUAUCAGAGGGAAACGUGGACUAAGGUGCUGCAGUGCCUGAAGCCGGAGGGGCUACAGCAGGGGACUGGGAAUAAGGUCUCCAAACAGCUCGUGAAGGAAAGGUUCAAAUGCUUCAAUCGGAUGUUUGAAGAGAUACACAAGUGUCAGAGUUGUUGGAUGGUGAGCGAUCAACAACUGCAGUCGGAACUCAGAGUUUCCAUCUCCUCUUUGGUCAUCCCCGCCUACCGCUCCUUCGUUGGAAGAUUCAAACAACAUCUUGAAUCAACCAGACACAUCGACAAGUAUAUCAAGUACCACCCAGACGACAUUGAGCUUUUGAUUGAUGAUUUCUUUGCCGGUAAUGCUGCCUCCAUGCCUCGAAGGAGGUCAUGAAGGAAGACACCCACAUCCUCCACCCACAUACCUCAAACUAUUUCAUUUCUUUUCGUCUCCUGUAAUAUUAAUCCUUAUUUUCCUCUUAAUUGAUGAUAGUUUAGUUUUAAACUGAACUCAUCUACAAUUUAAUUCUUUUUAUUUUUGUCAAAAAAAUUAUAU